AUGGAUCCGUGGGCUGUCCAGUUUGGGAAUAUUAGCAAAAUAAGUCCUUUUGAGGGCCCACAGUACCAUAUUGCCCCCAAGUGGGCUUUCUACCUGCAGGCAGCUUUCAUGGGCUUUGUAUUUUUCGCAGGAACACCUCUCAACGCAAUCGUCCUUUUUGUCACCAUGAAAUACAAGAAACUCAGACAGCCGCUCAAUUACAUCUUGGUUAAUAUCUCCGUAGCCGGCUUUAUUUUUGUCACAUUUUCCGUCAGCCAAGUAUUUGUCUGCGCUCUAAGUGGUUAUUUCUUUCUUGGACAUACGAUGUGUGCAAUGGAGUCGGCAAUGGGAUCAAUUGCAGGGCUGGUGACAGGAUGGUCCCUUGCUGUUUUGUCUUUUGAAAGAUACGUGGUCAUCUGCAAACCCUUCGGCACUUUUAAAUUUGGACAAAGCCAGGCCCUUGGAGCAGUAGCCAUCACCUGGUUCAUCGGGGUUGGCUGUGCCACUCCUCCGUUCUGGGGAUGGAGCAGAUACAUCCCUGAGGGUCUCGGCACCUCCUGUGGACCUGACUGGUACACUAAAAGUGUGGAGCACAACUCCGAGAGCUACACUUAUUUUCUCCUGGUCACCUGCUUUAUCAUGCCGAUGACCAUCAUCAUCUUCUCAUACUCUCAGCUUUUGGGAGCCUUGCGGGCUGUCGCAGCUCAGCAAGCCGAGUCGGCUUCCACCCAGAAGGCAGAGAAGGAAGUGUCAAGAAUGGUUGUCGUGAUGGUGGGCUCUUUCGUGCUGUGCUAUGGCCCUUACGCCCUCACUGCUUUGUGGUUUGCAUAUGCAGAGGACUCGAACAAGGAUUACCGUCUGGUGGCUAUCCCUGCUUUGUUCUCAAAGAGCUCCUGCGUUUACAAUCCCCUAAUCUACGCCUUUAUGAAUAAACAGUUUAAUGCCUGCAUCAUGGAAACUGUAUUCGGCAAAAAGAUCGAAGAAGGCUCUGAGGUUUCCAGCAAGACCGAAACCUCAUCUGUCUCUCCAUAAAUUCUCAAACACAUCAUUCAUUUUUGGACCUCUUUUCCUAUCCCCUCCACGUAAUAUUGCAAAUUUUGUACUGUGACACUAUCAAAGGCCAAAGGAUGCCAACAAGUCCCUUGCCACAAAGUCACAGCCCGCCAUCCGUUCUGAAACUCCAAAUACGUCUACUUGUAUAUUUAUUGUAUAUUACAUUAUGCCAUGGUAAAUCACAACAUUAUGCAUUGGUAAGGUAGAAUUCUUAAUUUUUAACCUGCAAAAGAAAAUCUAAAAAAAUAAAUGUUAUCCAUUAUGUGAAUGGAGUUUACUACAGUAUUGAUAGUUGUCUAUUUUUAGAAUCAAUAAAAAUUGUUUGAUGCAUUCUUCCUCUGCCU